GUUUCCCCGGAAGGCCCACCGGAGCCUGGCCUUCCCGUCCCUCCGCAGAUCCGCCAGCUCAGCUCUGGAAGGCGCUGGGACCUCUGCGCGCAGGAUCCAGCCAGGUGGGGGCCCCGCAGAGCAGAGGAGCCUCCGCAGGUGUGGUGUGCCUGAACCGGUGCCAGCCAGCCCCGUCUGCAGCCUCGGCCUGGACUGAUGGGGUGGUGACUGAUCCCGCAGGGCUCCGGAGCCAUGUGGCCCAACGGCAGUUCCCUGGGGCCCUGUUUCCGGCCCACGAACAUCACCCUGGAGGAGCGGCGGCUGAUCGCCUCGCCCUGGUUCGCCGCCUCCUUCUGCGUGGUGGGCCUGGCCUCCAACCUGCUGGCCCUGAGCGUGCUGGCGGGUGCCCGGCAGGGGGGCUCACACCCGCGCUCCUCCUUCCUCACCUUCCUCUGCGGCCUCGUGCUCACCGACUUCCUGGGGCUGCUGGUGACGGGCAUCAUCGUGGUGUCCCAGCACGCCGCACUCCUGGAGUGGCACGCCGUGGACCCCAGCUGCCGCCUCUGCCGCUUCAUGGGCGUCGUCAUGGUCUUCUUCGGCCUGUGCCCGCUGCUGCUGGGGGCCACCAUGGCCUCGGAGCGCUACCUGGGCAUCACCCGGCCCUUCUCCCGCCCGGCGGUCACCUCGCAGCGCCGCGCCUGGGCCACCGUGGGGCUGGUGUGGGCGGCCGCGCUGGCACUGGGCCUGCUGCCCCUGCUGGGCCUGGGCCGCUACACCGUGCAGUACCCGGGCUCCUGGUGCUUCCUGACGCUGGGCACCGAGCCCGGGGACGUGGCGUUCGGGCUGCUCUUCGCCAUGCUGGGCGGCCUCUCGGUCGGACUGUCUUUCGUGUUGAACACGGUCAGCGUGGCCACCCUGUGCCACGUCUACCACGGGCAGGAGGCGGCCCAGCAGCGCCCCCGGGACAGCGAGGUGGAGAUGAUGGCCCAGCUCCUGGGGAUCAUGGUGGUGGCCAGCGUGUGUUGGCUGCCCCUGCUGGUCUUCAUUGCCCAGACGGUGCUGCGGAGCCCACCUGCCAUGAGCCCUGCGGGGCAACUGUCCCGCGCCACGGAGCAGGAGCUGCUCAUCUACCUGCGAGUGGCCACCUGGAACCAGAUCCUGGACCCCUGGGUGUACAUCCUGUUCCGCCGCGCGGUGAUCCGGCGCCUCCAGCCUCGCCUCAGCACCCGGCCCAGGUCGCUAUCCCUCCAGCCCCAGCUGACACAGGGCUCCAGGCUGCAGUAGGAACCGGAGGGACCGCCCCUCCCGCACGUCCCCGAGGAGCCCUGGGUCCCCUCCGAUGGCCCUUCUGCCUGUUCUGAGGGUCUCAGAGCUGGGGGUGCUGGAUGGACAGUGGGCAUCAGCAACAGGGUUUGGGGUGACCCUAAUCCAAACUGCGGACCCGCAACUCCUCCCCGAUCCUUUUACCAAGAUCUCUCCCUCCCUCGUCCCCCUUUUCCCAUCCGGAGCUCCCACCCCUCCUCUGCUGUCCCCCGAACCCCAGGAGGGGCAUGGGGACAUUGGCAGAGGGUCUUGCAUUGCUGUUUUUUUGUGAGACAGAGUCUUGGUCUGUCGCCCAGGCUGGAGUGCAGUGGGGUGAUCUCCCCUCACUGCAACCUCCGCCUCCCAGGUUCAAGCAAUUCCCCUGCCUCAGCCUCCCGAGUAACUGGGAUUACCGGCGCCUGCCACCACGCCCGGCUAAUUUUUGUAUUUUUAGUAGAGACGGGGUUUCACUGUGUUGGCCAGGCUGGUCUCAAACUCCUGACCUCAAGUGAUCUUCCCACUUCGGCCUCCCAAAGUGCUGGGAUUUACAGGCGUGAGCCAUUGCACCCAGCGUUUUUUUUUUUUUUUUUUUUUUCUUUAGGAGAUGGAGUCUCGCUCUGUCACCAGGCUGGAGUGCAGUGGCGCGAUCUCAACUCACUGCAACCUCCGCCUCCUGGGUUCAAGCGAUUCUUGUGCCUCAGCCUCCCGAGCAGCUGGGACCACAGGUGUGCGUCACCGCACCCGGCCUUGCGUUGCUCCGUGACCCUCAAUUCGACCUGCUUGCUGGGGUACAGUUGCUUCCUUUUGAACCCCCAGCCGGGAAGCCUGUGUCCAGAAAGGGCUGCAUGUGAACGGGGCACCCCCCUUCUCUUGCCAAAAUAUAUCUCUGUCUUUGGUUUUAUUUUC